AUGACCAAGUGGAUGCUACCCGGCAGCAUCUCCCUCGUCAUCGUUAUCGAUAUUGCUGCUGGCACUUUUCUUGCUGUCAAACACGGAUUUACAACAGAUCGAAGUCGCUGCAAAUAUCUCCAGAUGGGAUACAUAAUAUAUCUCGAGGAUGCCUGCUGUAUAGGCGGCGCUAUUUUUCGUAUCGUCCACUCUAGCGACCACACGCAAGAACGGACUCAGGGUCACUCUAGCGAACCAUGUUCCGGAGGAGCCUCAGGCGCCCACUCUCCCCCAGAAGCAGAUCUGCACGCACGUAGAGUGAACCUCCAGCCACCGCAGCUGCCUGAGUUCGUGCAUGGGAAAGCGCGUUACGGUUGA